CCGGGUUUUACGGGACAGAGUCACCGACACUUCCAUAUGGGCGUGACCUGACCGACCGGCUUGCUUCCAUAACAGCCACUAGCAACUACCAAGCCGUCAAUCAACACUGAGUGCAAGUCAUCCUGACUACAUCGUUUUUAUAGUAGUUGUGGGGGGCUGUACAUUAUUGUUUGAGUUAGAGUAGCAGUUGGUUUCACGGUGAACGCACAUUUCGUCGUAGCAGAUACCGAUUAGCAACGUGUUAGCUCGCUACCGAGAGCCACAUGGAUCCUCAAAACACCAACACCAACAGUAACAGUGAGGCGAAGAUGUUGUUGACCCACGCCAAGACUCUCAGGCUGCACACCGGAAAUCUAGUCAACCGAAGUCGCCUGAAAAAGAAAUGUCCGUGCUCUCCCAGCGAAGAGCUUCAAGAUUGCAUUCAAGACACAUUGAGUGAUUGGCUUUCUGCAACAAAACCGCCAUCCAAGGACUUUCCGGACACACUGGACUGCUCCAUUCACCAGGAAACAGAUGCUAUUACGCCUGAAGAAAGGGAGGAACUGAGGGUUUCAGUCAAGCUGUUCUUGUGCGAGUCGGUUCAGUCCUCUAUCAGAGAUGCUGUGGAGAUGGUCUGCCAGACGCUGGCUGUGUCCCAGCUUGACUCUGUUAUCAUAGCGCCACCUUGGCCGCUGGAAGGGGACAGCCAAAGUUUGGCUCACCUUCAGCCAGCUUGGGGGGAGCUAGAGGCUCUGGUCAGGAGCCAGCAGAUUGCCGCUAUUGGCACCUCCGACCUAGACAAAGAUCUGCUGGAACAGCUCUACAACUGGGCUCAGGUGAAGCCCAGCAGUAACCAGGUCAACCUGGCCUCCUGCUGUGUGAUGCCUCCUGACCUGACAGCCUUCGCUAAGGAGUUUGACAUCCAGCUGCUCACACACAACGAUCCCAAAGAGCUGAUGUCAGCAGCCAAAUUCCAGGAGGCGGUGCAGGAGGGAAUGCAAGACCUGAGCAUCGCUGACUGGAGGCUGGAGUGGGUGCUGCGUUACUCCAUUAUUGUUAAGAGCAGGGGCAUUAUAAAGGCCAAGGGCUACCUUGUCCGUGCAAGGAAGGCAAUCCCCUAGCACACCCUGCUAGUGAAGAAGACGUGUGGAUGAAGCCAUUUUCCUCCUCUUGAUUGACAUACACACACAACAUGCCAAGUAACCGCUCUGAAUAAUGGAUGCUGCCAUCCACCAUGAGUCUUGAAGUCAUUGUGUUAUCCCACAGAUAAUCCUGAUCAUGUAUGAUUUAUUCAGUUUAACUGAUGCAUCUACUCAUAACCCUCGUCUCAGUGAUAGACAAUAGGAAAUGAACAUGCAAGAUUAACUUCAGAGUCAGUUUUGAGAGUAUAUACUAU